AUGGCUUCGAUCUCUCGUUCAAUGCACCGCCUGCUCCGAGUUCGAAGUACGCCCUCAUGCCUUCCACGCCGGUUUGCUAGUUCUUCUGGCUCUAGUGCGGCAAAACUUCGCCCACGCGGACCCCAGACUCCUACCAUCUCGACGCCUUUCCCUCGUCAACCGUCCGGCUCUCCAGCAGCUCGAGCCCCCAAAGGCCUUUCCCCAGAACAAGUGAGGAAGCAGUGGUACGCGACGAAAUUGUACAAGACGGGCCAGCGCGCCAUAUACAGGCCACCGUCCCAUGCUGGAAUACUAGCAGCCUCAUACAUCAUAACUGCGUCUUGUCUCGUGACCGCCGGUGCGUUGGCAUUCAGCAAUCUCUGGGCCUACGAUACCUCAUCCGACCUGCCCUGGUUCGUGAGAGUUGCAUGGCGGGCCGGAAUAGUGACUUUCACUUUUGUCGCCGGGUUUGCAUUCCUGCGUCCGACCAGGUUGAUUAGGUCCAUUGACCUGGUCUCUCAAGAUGGCAUAGUAAAGCUCGCUGUACAAGUACGACGACCUCUACCCUUUUCCCGACCAAAGGAGUACAUUAUCGCCCCAUAUGAGUUUGAAAUGGAUCGCAAAUUUGUACAACAGAUGGAUGAACCGGAUUUCAUGCAUGAUGACACUCCGAAAGCGCAGGGCAUUGGAUCGAAGCUUGGCCGAGCCCUCAGUCAAGCAAUAUAUUAUCCGUUUGCUGCCACACGACGACUUAUGACAAUGGAAGGGAUGAUGUCGGUGAACCUCAAGGAGGGUGACAGCGCAGUCAAGCUCGACACGCAAGGGAAGUUCUCCCACGCCGCGACAGACAUUGUAGAAAUGGGCACCAUCAAGAUUUAA